AUGGACCUCUCGUGGCCAGCGCCGCACUUGGGGCGCGUGGUCUCCGCAUCCAGGAAUUUACUUAGUCACACGUCACCGGAAUAUGUACAACACGCUUACACGUCGGUGCACGAGAGUGAUAACGGAGCAUCAACGCUGAAGGCGAAGAAUAAUGACCAAGACAAUAGUGGUCCUAAAAUCUUUUGUGAAGCGGACAAGUAUCGAAAUGCAAUUCCUCCCGAUAGCAUCUCAGUGAGUAGG